ACAGCAGGUAGCAGGAGCUCGGACACAGAACCAUGGUGAUUCUUCAGCAGGGCGACUACGUGUGGAUGGACCUGCGGUCCGGGCAGGAGUUCGACGUGCCCAUCGGGGCUGUGGUGAAGCUCUGCGACUCUGGGCAGAUCCAGGUGGUGGACGACGAAGGCAAUGAACACUGGAUCUCCCCGCAGAACGCCACGCACAUCAAGCCCAUGCACCCUACCUCCAUCCAAGGCGUGCAGGACAUGAUCCGCCUGGGGGACCUCAAUGAGGCAGGCAUCCUGCGCAACCUGCUCAUCCGCUACCGGGACCACCUCAUCUACACGUACACAGGCUCCAUCCUGGUGGCCGUGAACCCGUACCAGCUGCUCUCCAUCUACUCACCAGAGCAUAUCCGCCAGUACACCAACAAGAAGAUUGGGGAGAUGCCGCCCCACAUCUUUGCCAUCGCCGACAACUGCUACUUCAACAUGAAACGCAACAGCAGAGACCAGUGCUGUAUCAUUAGUGGGGAGUCCGGAGCAGGGAAGACAGAGAGCACGAAGCUGAUCCUGCAGUUCCUGGCUGCCAUCAGUGGGCAGCACUCAUGGAUCGAGCAGCAGGUCCUGGAGGCUACCCCCAUCCUGGAAGCCUUUGGCAAUGCCAAGACCAUCCGCAACGACAACUCAAGCCGCUUCGGGAAGUACAUCGACAUCCACUUCAACAAGCGGGGUGCCAUCGAGGGAGCCAAGAUUGAGCAGUACCUGCUGGAGAAGUCACGCGUCUGUCGCCAAGCUCCGGAUGAGCGCAAUUACCACGUUUUCUACUGCAUGCUGGAGGGCAUGAGCGAGGAGCAGAAGAAGAAGCUGGGCCUGGGCCAGGCCACCGACUACAACUACUUGGCCAUGGGCAAUUGCACGACCUGCGAGGGCCGGGUGGACAGCCAGGAGUAUGCCAACAUCCGCUCCGCCAUGAAGGUGCUCAUGUUCACCGACACGGAGAACUGGGAGAUCUCGAAGCUCCUGGCCGCCAUCCUGCACCUGGGCAACCUGCAGUAUGAGGCCCGCACAUUUGAAAACUUGGAUGCCUGCGAGGUCCUCUUCUCUCCGUCACUGGCCACCGCUGCAUCCCUGCUCGAGGUGAACCCCCCGGACCUGAUGAGCUGCCUGACCAGCCGCACCCUCAUCACCCGUGGGGAGACCGUGUCCACCCCGCUCAGCAGGGAGCAGGCGCUGGAUGUGCGAGAUGCCUUCGUCAAGGGUAUCUACGGGCGUCUGUUCGUGUGGAUUGUGGACAAGAUCAACGCAGCAAUUUACAAGCCACCCUCCCAGGAAAUGAACUCCCGCCGGUCCAUCGGCCUCCUUGACAUCUUUGGGUUUGAGAACUUUGCUGUGAACAGCUUCGAGCAGCUCUGCAUCAACUUCGCCAAUGAGCACCUGCAGCAGUUCUUCGUGCGACACGUGUUCAAGCUGGAGCAGGAGGAGUACGACCUGGAGAGCAUCGACUGGCUGCAUAUCGAGUUCACAGACAACCAGGACGCCCUGGACAUGAUCGCCAACAAACCCAUGAACAUCAUCUCCCUCAUCGAUGAGGAGAGCAAGUUCCCCAAGGGCACUGACACCACCAUGUUGCAUAAGCUCAACUCCCAGCACAAACUCAAUGCCAACUAUGUGCCCCCCAAGAACAACCAUGAGACCCAGUUUGGCAUCAACCACUUUGCAGGGGUCGUCUACUAUGAGACCCAAGGCUUCCUGGAGAAGAACCGGGACACCCUGCAUGGGGACAUCAUCCAGCUGGUCCACUCCUCCCGGAACAAGUUCAUCAAGCAGAUCUUCCAGGCUGAUGUUGCCAUGGGCGCCGAGACCAGGAAGCGCUCGCCCACACUCAGCAGCCAGUUCAAGCGGUCGCUAGAGCUGCUGAUGCGCACGUUGGGCGCCUGCCAGCCCUUCUUCGUGCGCUGCAUCAAGCCCAAUGAGUUCAAGAAGCCCAUGCUAUUUGACCGGCACCUGUGCGUGCGCCAGCUGCGCUACUCAGGCAUGAUGGAGACCAUCCGGAUCCGCCGCGCAGGCUACCCCAUCCGCUACAGCUUCGUGGAGUUUGUGGAGCGGUAUCGUGUGCUGCUGCCCGGUGUGAAGCCGGCCUACAAACAGGGCGACCUCCGGGGGACAUGCCAGCGCAUUGCUGAGGCGGUGCUGGGCACCCAUGAUGACUGGCAGAUUGGCAAAACCAAGAUCUUUCUGAAGGACCACCACGACAUGCUGCUAGAGGUGGAGCGGGACAAGGCCAUCACUGACCGGGUGAUCCUCCUGCAGAAGGUCAUCCGAGGGUUCAAAGACAGGUCCAACUACCUGAAGCUGAAGAACGCUGCCACAUUGAUCCAGAGGCACUGGCGGGGCCACCACUGCAGAAGGAACUAUGAGCUGAUGCGCCUGGGCUUCCUGAGGCUGCAGGCCCUGCAUCGCUCCCAGAAGCUGCACCAGCAGUACCACCUGGCCCGCCGGCGCAUCAUUCAGUUCCAGGCCCGAUGCCGGGCCUACCUGGUGCGCAAGGCCUUCCGCCACCGCCUCUGGGCCGUGCUCACCGUGCAGGCCUAUGCCCGUGGCAUGAUCGCCCGCAGGCUACACCGGCGCCUCAGGGCUGAGUACCUGCGGCGCCUUGAGGCGGAGAAGAUGCGGCUGGCAGAGGAGGAGAAGCUCCGGAAGGAGAUGAGCGCCAAGAGGGCCAAGGAGGAGGCGGAGCGCAAGCAUCAGGAGCGCCUGGCCCAGCUGGCUCGUGAGGAUGCGGAGCGGGAGCUGAAGGAGAAGGAGGAGGCCCGGCGGAAGAAGGAGCUGCUGGAGCGCAUGGAGCGGGCCCGCCACGAGCCCAUCAACCACUCGGACAUGGUGGACAAGAUGUUUGGCUUCCUGGGGACUUCGGGUGGCCUGCCGGGCCGGGAGGGCCAGGCACCUAGCGGCUUUGAGGACCUGGAGCGAGGGCGGAGGGAGAUGGUGGAGGAGGACCUGGAUGCAGCCCUGCCACUGCCCGAUGAGGACGAGGAGGACCUCUCCGAGUACAAAUUCGCCAAGUUCGCUGCCACCUACUUCCAGGGCACGACAACACACUCCUACACACGGCGGCCACUCAAACAGCCCCUGCUGUACCAUGACGACGAGGGUGACCAGCUGGCGGCGCUGGCUGUCUGGAUCACCAUCCUCCGGUUUAUGGGAGACCUCCCGGAGCCCAAGUACCACACGGCCAUGAGUGACGGCAGCGAGAAGAUCCCCGUGAUGACCAAGAUUUAUGAGACCCUGGGCAAGAAGACGUACAAGAGGGAGCUGCAGGCCCUGCAGGGAGAGGGUGAGGCCCAGCUCCCUGAAGGGCAGAAGAAGAGCAGCGUGAGGCACAAGCUGGUGCACUUGACCUUGAAGAAGAAGUCUAAGCUCACGGAGGAGGUGACCAAGAGGCUGCACGACGGGGAGUCCACCAUGCAGGGCAACAGCAUGCUGGAGGACCGCCCCACCUCCAACCUGGAGAAGCUGCACUUCAUCAUCGGCAACGGCAUCUUGCGGCCAACGCUGCGGGAUGAGAUCUACUGCCAGAUCAGCAAGCAGCUCACCCACAACCCUUCUAAGAGCAGCUAUGCCCGCGGCUGGAUCCUCGUGUCACUCUGUGUGGGCUGCUUUGCCCCCUCCGAGAAGUUUGUCAAGUACCUGCGGAACUUCAUCCACGGGGGACCCCCUGGCUACGCCCCAUACUGUGAGGAGCGUCUGAGGAGGACCUUUGUCAAUGGGACACGGACACAGCCACCCAGCUGGCUGGAGUUGCAGGCCACCAAGUCCAAGAAGCCCAUCAUGUUGCCCGUGACGUUCAUGGAUGGGACCACGAAGACCCUGCUGACAGACUCAGCGACCACAGCCAAGGAGCUGUGCAACGCUCUGGCGGACAAGAUCUCUCUCAAGGACCGGUUUGGGUUCUCGCUCUACAUCGCCCUAUUUGAUAAGGUGUCCUCCCUGGGCAGCGGCAGCGACCAUGUCAUGGACGCCAUCUCCCAGUGUGAGCAGUAUGCCAAGGAGCAGGGCGCCCAGGAGCGCAAUGCGCCGUGGAGGCUCUUCUUCCGCAAAGAGGUCUUCACACCCUGGCACAACCCCUCGGAAGACAACGUGGCCACCCACCUCAUCUACCAGCAGGUGGUGCGAGGGGUCAAGUUUGGGGAGUACAGGUGUGAGAAGGAAGAUGAUCUGGCCGAGCUAGCCUCCCAGCAGUACUUUGUGGACUACGGCUCCGAAAUGAUCCUGGAGCGCCUCCUGAACCUUGUGCCCACCUACAUCCCUGACCGCGAGAUCACACCACUGAAGACACUUGAGAAAUGGGCCCAGCUGGCCAUUGCUGCCCACAAGAAGGGGAUUUAUGCACAAAGGAGAACUGACGCCCAGAAGGUCAAAGAAGAUGUGGUCAAUUACGCCCGCUUCAAGUGGCCCUUGCUCUUCUCCAGGUUUUAUGAAGCCUACAAAUUCUCAGGCCCCAGCCUCCCCAAGAAUGAUGUCAUUGUGGCUGUCAACUGGACGGGCGUCUACUUUGUGGAUGAGCAGGAACAAGUGCUCCUGGAGUUGUCCUUCCCGGAGAUCAUGGCCGUGUCCAGCAGCAGGGAGUGCCGUGUCUUACUCUCGCUGGGCUGCUCUGACCUGGGCUGUGCUGAGACUCACUCGGGCCGGGCAGGACUGACCCCGGCCGGGCCCUGUUCUCCGUGUUGGUCCUGCAGGGGAGCGAAACUGACAGCCCCCAGCUUCACACUGGCCACCAUUAAGGGGGAUGAGUACACCUUCACAUCCAGCAAUGCCGAGGACAUCCGUGACCUGGUGGUCACCUUCCUGGAGGGACUCCGGAAGAGGUCUAAGUAUGUGGUGGCCCUGCAGGACAACCCCAACCCUGCGGGCGAGGAGUCGGGUUUCCUCAGCUUCGCCAAGGGAGACCUCAUCAUCCUGGACCAUGACACCGGCGAGCAGGUCAUGAACUCAGGCUGGGCCAACGGCAUCAGUGAGAGGACCAAGCAGCGUGGGGACUUCCCCACGGACUGUGUGUACGUCAUGCCUACUGUCACCAUGCCCCCGCGGGAGAUUGUGGCUCUGGUCACCAUGACCCCCGACCAGAGGCAGGACGUUAUCCGGCUCCUGCAGCUGCGCACAGCGGAGCCCGAGGUGCGCAGCAAGCCCUACACGCUGGAGGAAUUCUCAUAUGACUACUUCAGACCCCCGCCCAAGCACACGCUGAGCCGUGUCAUGGUGUCCAAGGCCCGCGGCAAGGACCGGCUGUGGAGCCACACUCGGGAGCCGCUCAAGCAAGCACUGCUCAAGAAGAUUCUGGGCAGUGAGGAGCUCUCACAGGAGGCCUGCAUGGCCUUCAUUGCCGUGCUCAAGUACAUGGGCGACUACCCCUCCAAGAGGGCGCGCUCGGUCAACGAGCUCACGGAUCAGAUCUUUGAGGGAGCCCUGAAGGCUGAGCCCCUCAAGGACGAGGCCUACGUGCAGAUCCUGAAGCAGCUGACGGACAACCACAUCAGGUACAGCGAGGAGCGGGGCUGGGAGCUGCUGUGGCUGUGCACUGGCCUCUUCCCUCCCAGCAACAUCCUGCUGCCUCACGUGCAGCGCUUCCUGCAGUCCCGCAAGCACUGCCCGCUGGCCAUCGACUGCCUGCAGCGGCUCCAGAAAGCCCUGAGAAACGGAUCCCGGAAGUACCCUCCGCACUUGGUGGAGGUGGAGGCUAUCCAGCACAAAACCACUCAGAUUUUCCACAAAGUCUACUUCCCCGACGACACAGACGAGGCCUUUGAGGUGGAGUCCAGCACCAAGGCCAAGGACUUCUGCCAGAACAUCGCUACUCGGUUGCUCCUCAAGUCCUCUGAGGGAUUCAGCCUCUUUGUCAAAAUUGCAGACAAGGUUAUCAGCGUCCCUGAGAAUGACUUCUUCUUUGACUUUGUUCGACACCUGACAGACUGGAUAAAGAAAGCACGGCCCAUCAAGGAUGGAAUCGUGCCCUCGCUCACCUACCAGGUGUUCUUCAUGAAGAAACUGUGGACCACGACAGUGCCAGGCAAGGACCCCAUGGCUGAUUCCAUCUUCCACUAUUACCAGGAGUUGCCUAAGUAUCUCCGAGGGUAUCACAAGUGCACACGAGAGGAGGUCCUGCAGCUGGGGGCGCUGAUCUACAGGGUCAAAUUUGAGGAAGACAAAUCCUACUUCCCCAGCAUCCCUAAACUGCUAAGGGAACUGGUUCCCCAGGACCUCAUCCGACAGAUUUCGCCUGACGACUGGAAGCGGUCUAUCGUUGCCUACUUCAACAAGCACGCGGGAAAGUCCAAGGAGGAGGCCAAGCUGGCCUUCCUGAAGCUCAUCUUCAAGUGGCCCACCUUCGGCUCUGCCUUUUUUGAGGUGAAGCAAACUACGGAGCCAAACUUCCCUGAGAUCCUCUUAAUUGCCAUCAACAAGUAUGGGGUCAGCCUCAUUGAUCCCAGAACCAAGGACAUCCUGACUACUCACCCCUUCACCAAGAUCUCUAACUGGAGCAGUGGCAACACCUACUUCCACAUCACCAUUGGGAACUUGGUGCGCGGGAGCAAAUUGCUCUGUGAAACAUCGCUGGGUUACAAGAUGGAUGACCUCCUGACCUCCUACAUCAGCCAGAUGCUCACAGCCAUGAGCAAACAGCGGGGCUCUAGGAGCGGCAAGUGAACUGGGGAGGAGAUACUCACUCUGUGCCUGCUCUCUAGGCAGCAUCUGGCUCCGGUCCAUCAGCUACACCUGGAGCUAGGGAAGACCUCCACCAUCCAGGCAAGGAGCCUGGGCUGGCCAUCUACUACUGACCAUGCCUGCUCGGCCUGACCUGUCUUUCAUUGAAGUCAGAACUUCCCUCUGUCCAUCUUUGGCACUUGGGUUGGUUCUCACCCUAGCAGGCUGUGGCCUUCCCAGUGUAACAACCUGUGCUCCUUGGAUGUGCAGACCGGCUCCACCUCUGCUAUGACCUUCCAUGUACCAUGGGGGCAGAGGAAUUCAGAGGACAACCUAUCUCUCAAUACUUGGAACAACCAAACCAAAUGUGCAUUGAAUAGGACACCCUGAAACCCGAGGGACUGGGUCACUUCUUCCAAGUCAAGCAUCCUCAGCUGGGGUGAGGAGGACAGACCACUUUUGUAUAUUGCAUUGUGAGUGCUGGACCUUUGCUCAAGUUUCCCUGAUCAUCGCAGGGCAUAAAGCAUGUGUUUCAUCCUCUGGCCCUACAGUGUCUUUGCUGAGGGAGGGAGUGUGGGGUCAAGACAGUGCAGGGGAGUGGUCUGUGUAACUACUUCCUUGCUCUGUGCCAGCCUGGCCAUGUUGGUCUGUGUAUGGGGGUUGUAGUGCGUGAACCCAAGGUGUUCUUCAUAGUGGCUUAAAGGGACCCGCAGGGACCAAGAUGGGUUUGGGAGAACUAGAUGCCAGUCUGAGAGGUGGCGCUGGAGGUCUGGAGGGAGAAUCAGCUCUGGGUCUUAACUAGGGUCAGUGGAGCCAGAAUGGCCCUUGCGCCCUGCCAGAAACAUCUUGGUUCUUUAAGACACGUCCAAGAACACCAAGAACAACACUGCCUUGGGCUAAAUCCUGCAUCCACUGGACGCCUGUGGAAUGUUGCUUUGUGAAUAGAUGGGACAACCAAGUUUGGGCAUAACUGGGGUAGGUCUGGAGGUGUGGGCUUCAGAUAGGGCAGCGGUGAUUGAGGUGGGGCAUCUUCUGGGCAAUGGCUAGGAUGACUGCCUAGAGCCAUGACAAUGGGGAAUCCCUUUGAGGUGGGAGUGUUUUGAUCUGCCUGAAGGUCUCCUGCUAUUUUAGUAGAGCCAGGUCUUGCAUGCCCUUACGUAUUCAAGUGUCUGGGCCACCCAGACCUGUAUGUCUAUCCACACCCCAGGGAGUGCUACUGAUGUCCCCAGCUGCUGGUAAAGGAGAGGGAACGGCUGGAGGCCCCAAACUAGACAGCAUCACUUUCUGGGAAUGACAAUGUGCUGUCAAGGGAGACAUCCUGCUCCAACAACCUGGGCCAGAAGGAAGGUCCUGCGGUGACCUGCCUCCAUGCCAUUAUGCAGAUGUGGAGGCUGAGGCCCACGAAAGGAGUGUAAAUGGGUAAAGAUCACACAGUGGAACUCAACUCAUUGCUGAUAACUUUGGGCUCACAGAUGUUUGUUCUCAGCUCUAGUUUCCCCUCAAGGACAAAAGCUAUUUAUUGAGAGAGACCACGCCAUCCCCUCACUGAGGAGUCAGUCAACCAUAAGGUCUCAGGAAGCAUUCCACUGAACAUUAGUCCAGAAAAUAUGUGUGUGAUAUAAGAUCUUUGCUCCUUUUUCAUUUCCCGCCUUAAGAUGGUGUCACUAAUGUACCCAACACCUUCUUAGGUGACUAGAAGAGGGCAGAAGUACUCCAUUUACCUUCUGGCUUCCUGAGAGGUUGCCUUUAUUACAUGUUGGUGUUCAUCUGUCACUCUUUUUUAAAGCAGGGAAUACUAUGAAAGUGUUAAGAUGAGACAACCCUGUAAAACCCACAGAACAGCCAAGACUACACACUACUGUUUUCCCCUCCCCAGCCCCUUGAUAGACAUUCUCUGUCAACCAGAAUGGUCCUGCUGAAGGCCUCACUGGUCCUUCCAUAUGCUUUCUUGACCACUGCCCACCAUUCCCACUCUUAGGCACAGAGAAGAAGAAGAUGGGUACAAGGUAUAGCUAAAUUUUCUCCAAAGAUGGAUAGGAGGGACAUAGGAGGAAUGUACCCUGUUGAAAGAUUCCUGGGAGGAUUUGGCCAUGGAGGGGUCUCACUGUUGUGAGGGGUCUCUCUGGUGAUCCCGUGGAUGGGAUCUAUGAUGGUUUGACACGCCCUCUGGGGGACACCAGUGGUAUAAAAUCCCCAUUAUAGAGCAAUAGUAACUUCACAGCCCUCUUGGGGGACACUGGUGGUUUGGGACUCUUUUUGGCAAACCUUCGUUGAAUAAUAAACUCCUUGGUGGAUACUUGUGGCUUGGUGCACUUUGACACUGACAUCUUCCUUUGGGGCACAGAUGAUUUGAUUUUCUUCUUGAGACACCUCUGUAUGGAAAUGUCCCCUUUGGAGGGAGCAGGUGGGUUAAGGGCCUUCACUUUGAGGACUGCUGUGACACGGAGGGAGUUGGGGUAUGUAAGUGUCCUAAUCUAGGCUGACUGGAAGGUGGCAAGAGUUCAAGAGCUUUCCAUGACUAUUUCUCCUCAGGUGCUGUUUCCUGAAUGUCUGUGGGGGACAGAAAAGACAAGCACAGAUUCUUCAAGUGUCAAGUUGCCCAAUUUUUGUUUGCACUAUGGUGAACUCAUGGUUAUUUCUUCAGUGUUAAAACUGCUUCCACCUGA